CUGAGCUACAGCCUAGUACGCCUCAGCCUUAGGCUCAGGAGUCGGAACAAUUUCUGUGUUUCUGUGUUCAGUUUUUGUAAGCAGGGAGCAGGGAGCAGCAGAAGAGCAGUCUGAGUGAGCAUCCUUCAGAAGCCAAUCUCCGUCCAAUUGCCAUCCAAUCUAGGACGAACUUACUGCUGAAAUAAUCAUAGCUCAGAAAUGGCUGCCAAGAAGGCUCUCGAAACUGUGACGGACCUUGACCUGAAGCGGUAUGUGGGAAGAUGGUUUGAAAUAUCGAGCAUCCCGAGCAGCUUCCAACCAAAGGACACUGUCAACACUAUGGCCCAUUAUACUCUGAAAGAGGAUGGGACUGUUGGGGUGCUGAAUGAAACGUUCACCCGGCAAGGGAAGAGGAACAGCAUAGAGGGCAAGGCAUGGAAGAUCGACCCGGCGAGCGCUGCCGCCGAGUUCAAGGUUCAGUUCUGGGUGCCUCCGUUCCUGCCCCUGGUGCCGGUUCGUGGGGACUACUACGUGAUGGCCCUGGACCAGGCGGAGUACAAGUAUGCUCUCAUUGGCCAGCCCUCGCGCAAGUUCCUCUGGGUGCUGUCCCGCACGCCGACGCUGGCAGAGGAGACGUAUGCCGAGCUGUUGAAGGUGGCGGAGGCGCAGGGGUACGAUGUGAGCCUGCUCCACAGGACGGAGCACACCCCCGACAGCGGCGUCAGCUCCACAGAGCCAGGAAUGUUUGAGGGCGGACGGCUGGAACGUACAGCGGUUGCAGCAGCGGUGGUCGCGGGAAUUGCGGCAAUUGUCGCCAGCACCUCAAUACUGCGGAAGAAGACCUCCAGCGAUUGAGAAUCUUGACUUAUAGAUAGGCAAUUGCGAUAAGAGCUGCUCCGCAUGUACAUAUGCAAUACCCCCACCUAAUGAUUGUAUUGCUUUAUUGUUUAGCUCGCUGUAUCCGCAGAUGAGGGUUUCAAGAGUCGUUCCGCUGGUCAGCCAAGCUGGCAACAAGACUACAUGAAACAUCCAAAUGACGCUGCGAUAAACACUGCAAUAAAGGUUGAGAGCCGGCCUCUGCUUGCCUUCUGCCAGUC